AUGACAUCGAACGCAAAAAAUGAUAUUGAGAUCGAUGAUCUAACUUGUCCGAUUACACUUCAAAUCUUUCAUGAUCCUGUAAUCGCCGCUGAUGGUCGUACAUAUGAGCGUGCAGCAAUUGUACAAUGGAUCACGGAACACGGUACCAGUCCAUUCACACGAGAGCCGCUCAAUAUUAAAGAAUUACAAGCUGACGAUUAUUUGAGAAAUUUGGCCGCUCAACAGCGAAGGUCAAUGAUGUCCUACAACAACAACAGAAAUUUUAAUAAUGCAAUUGUUCAACAGCAAAGUUCGACGGUAUCAUACAACAAUAAUAUAAAUGUUGAUUCAGCAAUUCUUACGCAAAUACAAAAUAUGCCUAGCAGUAGCGUAACUUUAAUACAAAAUGCUGGAAAUCGCUCUGCGUCUUGCAAUGAUUGCUGUCACAAACCCCAGUUUUGGAUUGCAAUUGGGAUUAUAUUUAUGGUGUCAUAUGUCUUCUUGAUCUGGGAAGGCAACGUUCGCGACAGAAGUCCCGCUUAUUCGAUGACAAGCACUACAAUUGCCACCAUGACUACUACAAUUCUAAUUCUCAAUAUUCCAGUCGAUGCCCAAUGGACCCAGAAUGGAGUGACUGUUGCUGGAGGCCAUGGACGAGGCAGUGCCACCAAUCAACUCGCGAGCCCUUCUGGUCUCUUCGUUGAUGAUGAUCAAACGAUGGUCAUUGCUGACUGCUGGAAUCAUCGUAUCAUCCAAUGGAAGAAGGGUGAUACGAAUGGACAAGUAGUAGCUGGUGGCAAUGGCUACGGAAAUCGAUUGGAUCAUUUGAUUGGUCCAACCGAUGUAUUGAUUGACAAAGAGACGGAUAGUCUCAUUAUUUGUGAUCGAUUGAAUCGACGAGUCGUACGAUGGUCUCGUCGUAGUGGUACAACUCAAGGAGAAAUUCUCAUCGACAACAUCUGGUGUUAUGGAUUAGCCAUGGAUGAUCAGAGAUAUCUCUACAUCUCUGACACCGACAAACAUGAAGUAAAACGAUAUCAAAUAGGAGAGAAGAAUGGAGCUAUCGUAGCUGGUGGUAAUGGCGAAGGUGAUGAUCUCAAUCAACUCAACUGGCCGACCUACAUCUUUGUCGAUCAACAAAAGACUGUCUACGUGUCAGACCGCUACAAUCAUCGUGUAAUGAAAUGGAAUAAAGAUGCAAAAGAAGGAAUUGUUGUCGCUGGAGGUCAAGGCAAAGGGAAUGCUCUGACACAAUUAUCGUAUCCUCAAGGACUGUUCGUCGAUACAUUGGGAACCAUCUAUGUGGCAGACUCGUCGAAUCAUCGAGUGAUGCGUUGGCCUAAAGGAGCGAAACAAGGCUUUGUUAUUGUGGGUGGAAAUGGUUACGGAGAAGGAGCAAAUCAGUUCAAGUCUCCCGAGGAUUUGUCCUUCGAUCAACAAGGCAAUCUCUAUGUCGUCGAUUAUGGGAAUUCUCGUGUUCAACGCUUUUCAAUCGAAUAG